GCGGGCGGGGUUUGCGUCUGAGCUCGCGCUCAGCGGCAGGCGCUGUAGUAAGGAGCGGGCUCGUUUGCCGGAGGGUUCGGACGGUGGCAGUGGCAGGGCAGCGAUGGGGAGCGGCGGCGUGAUCCACUGUAGGUGUGCCAAGUGUUUCUGUUACCCUACCAAGCAAAGAAUAAAGAGGAGACCCCGAAACCUGUCAAUCUUGAGUCUACCAGAAGAUGUGCUCUUUCACAUCCUAAAGUGGCUUUCUGUUGGAGACAUCCUUGCUGUCCGAGCUGUGCACUCCCACCUGAAGUACCUGGUGGAUAACCAUGCCAGUGUGUGGGCAUGUGCCAGCUUCCAGGAGCUAUGGCCUUCUCCAAAGAACCUGAAGCUCUUUGAAAGGGCUGCUGAAAAGGGAAAUUUUGAAGCUGCUGUGAAGCUAGGCAUAGCCUACCUCUACAAUGAAGGGCUGUCUGUGUCUGAUGAGGCCCGAGCAGAAGUGAAUGGCCUGAAAGCCUCUCACUUCUUCAGUCUGGCUGAGCGACUGAAUGUGAGUGCCUCACCUUUUAUCUGGCUUUUCAUCCGCCCACCUUGGUCUGUGUCUGGAAGCUGUUGCAAGGCUGUGGUCCAUGAGAGUCUCAGGGCAGAGUGUCAGCUACAAAGAACUCAUAAAGCAUCCAUACUGUACUGCUUAGGAAGAGUACUGAAUCUUUUCGAGGAUGAAGAGAAAAGGAAGCAGGCCCGUGACCUAUUUGAAGAGUCGGCUCAUCAGGGAUGCUUGGCCAGCUCGUACCUCCUUUGGGAAAGUGACAGGAAGACAGAUAUGUCAGACCCUGGACGAUGCCUCCAUAGCUUCCGGAAACUCAGGGACUACGCUGCCAAAGGCUGCUGGGAAGCACAGCUGGCUUUAGCCAAAGCCUGUGCAAAUGGAAACCAGCUUGGACUAGAAGCAAAAGCCUGCAAUGAGGUAGUCUGCCAGUUGUUCCAGGCCUCCCAAGCUGUCAGUAAGCAGCAGGUCUUCUCAGUGCAGAAGGGACUGAAUGACACAAUGAGGUACAUUCUGAUUGAUUGGCUGGUAGAAGUUGCCACCAUGAAGGACUUCACGAGCCUGUGCCUUCACCUGACAGUGGAGUGUGUGGACCGGUACCUGAGGAGGAGGGUGGUACCCCGUUUUAAGCUCCAGCUGCUGGGCAUUGGCUGCAUGGUCAUCUGCACCCGGUUCAUCAGUAAAGAGAUCCUGACGAUUCGAGAGGCUGUGUGGCUCACAGACAACACAUACAAGUACGAGGAUCUGGUGAGAAUGAUGGGAGAGAUCGUCUCCGCCCUGGAAGGGAAGAUUCGAGUCCCUACCGUGGUCGAUUACAAAGAGGUCCUGCUGACGCUGGUCCCUGUGGCACCUAGAACUCAACACCUGUGCAGCUUCCUCUGUGAGCUCUCGCUGCUGCACACCAGUCUGUCUGCCUACGCCCCAGCCCACCUGGCCUCUGCAGCCCUGCUUCUGGCCAGAGUGAUGCAUGGGCAGACACAGCCCUGGACCACUCAACUAUGGGACCUCACUGGCUUCUCCUGUGAAGACCUCAUGCCUUGCGUCUUGAAACUACAUAAAAAAUGCUUCCAUGACGAUGCCCCCAAGGACUACCGGCAAGUCUCUCUGACCGCUGUGAAGCAACGAUUUGAGGACAAGAAAUAUGAAGAAAUCAACCAAGAAGAGGUGCUGAGCUACAGUCAAUUGUGUGCAGCAUUGGGGGUGAAAGAAAGUCCAGAGCCCACAUCUUUCCCCAGUUCAGGGGAGAUCUGCCCCUUCCUCAACUCCCCCUCUGGGAGAACAAAGCGGAAGCGGGAGAACAGCCUUCAGGAGGACCGAGGCAGCUUUGUCACCACACCUACUGCUGAGCUGUCCAGCCAGGAAGAGACACUGCUGGGGAGCUUCCUGGACUGGAGCCUGGACUGCUGCUCUGGUUAUGAGGGCGACCAGGAGAGUGAGGGUGAGAAGGAAGGUGAUGUGACAGCUCCCAGUGGUGUCCUUGAUGUCACUGUGGUCCACCUAAACCCAGAACACCACUGCUGCCAAGAAUCAAGUGAUGAGGAAGCCUGCCCAGAGGACGAGGGACACCAGACGCCAGGCACUCAGACACCUCCAACUCCAGGGCCCAGGCCUCUUCUCUGCUGGAGGAAGCCCGGCAAGGACAUCACAACCUCAGGGUACUCCUCUGUCAGUAGCACAAGUCUCACAAACUCUGUGGAUGGAGGCUCAGGGGACCCUCAUCAGUCUACCUCAGUGCUGUCCCUGGGCAGCGACUCAAACACACCUCCCUGCCACCAUCAAGCCAAGAAGUCAUGUUUACAGUGUCGUCCCCCAAACUCCCUAGAGAGUACUCUUCCCCAGCGACAAGUGAAACGGCAAAAUCUAUCCACUCAUAGUGAUGAGGACAUGAACUUGGGCUUCCUAAAGCUGUGAGUGUGUUAGUAUGUGUGCUGCAGUGAUUGUUUACUGAGGAAGGCUGCUCCUCUGCUAGGAGGGUUGGGGGUACUACAGGUAAAGACUGUAGAUCUGGGGGCAGUUCCACAGAGCAGAGGGGUAACUUGUGGGUAUCGAGUCUCUCUCUAGGAGAUUCCUGGGCUGGCCCUCAGAAUGUCAAAUCAGUGUGAAAAGCUCAACUCCUCUUUGGAAAAUUUAGCCUCAAAGCAGUCAUAGCAUGCCAUGUGAAGCCCACCUCUGUACCUCCUGUGUCCCACUGUCUGGAAGAUUAAAACUGUAUUUGUCUUGGUCUUCUCAGUCCCACUGAGCCCCAUGCCAGGAGCUGACAGCUUUCACACACAACACGUGGCCUGUGUAGCCUGGCACAGCUUGAGUCCCUGUCUGGUAUCUUGUAUGGUUUUGGCCUCCGUGGGUACUCACUGCUGUUCCCCUCACCCAUCUCGGCCUGCAGCAGAUAUCCACUCCCUUUUGGGCAGUGGGUCUCAUGUGAGGGAACCUGUGUUCCUACAUAUCUGUGGACCGUGCCCUGAACACUAGGUAUGGGGACUAUACUUCCUUCCUCUGGCACUCUCUGGAGUGUUUGUCUGUGUCCCUGUGGUGUCCAUGUGAACAAUUCUGUUUGCACUAAAUUUCUGGGCCAUUUUUUCCCUUUAUUUCUAGACUUAUUUCUUCCAAGAUGAAAACAAAGUUAACAUUUAAAAUAGAGGGUAGG